AUGGAGCAGCCAGUGCUUGUACCACCAGGACCAGACAGCUUCCAAUACUUCACUAGGGAGUCUCUUGCAGCUAUUGAACAACGCAUUGCUGCAGAAAAAGCUAAGAAUCCUAAACAAGAUCGUAAAGACAAUGAUGAUGAAAAUGGGCCAAAGCCAAACAGUGAUUUGGAGGCAGGAAAAACACUUCCGUUUAUAUACGGCGACAUACCUCCAGGAAUGGUAUCUGAGCCCUUGGAAGACAUGGACCCAUAUUACAUCAAUAAAAAAACCUUUAUAGUAUUGAAUAAAGGGAAGGCAAUCUUCCGAUUCAGUGCCACCUCUGCCCUGUACAUUUUAACUCCCUUCAAUCCUCUUAGAAAAAUAGCUAUUAAAAUUUUGGUACACUCAUUAUUCAGCAUGCUAAUCAUGUGCACUAUUUUGACCAACUGUGUAUUUAUGACCAUGAGUAACCCCCCAGACUGGACAAAGAAUGUGGAGUAUACAUUCACUGGAAUUUACACAUUUGAAUCACUCAUAAAAAUUAUUGCAAGGGGCUUUUGCUUAGAAGAUUUUACUUUUCUUCGAGAUCCAUGGAACUGGCUUGACUUCACUGUCAUUACCUUUGCGUAUGUAACAGAAUUUGUAAACCUAGGCAAUGUUUCAGCUCUUCGAACUUUCAGAGUAUUGAGAGCUUUGAAAACUAUUUCUGUAAUCCCAGGCUUGAAGACUAUCGUGGGAGCCCUAAUUCAAUCCGUGAAGAAGCUCUCAGAUGUUAUGAUCCUGACUGUGUUUUGUUUGAGUGUAUUUGCACUAAUAGGGCUGCAGCUUUUCAUGGGCAACUUGAGGAAUAAAUGCCUGCAGUGGCCUCCAGAAAAUUUUACUUUGGAAACAAAUAUUACUUCCCAGCUAAACAGCACUGUCGGUGAAAAUGGUACAUUAGUUAAUUCAACAGUGGCUCCUUUUGACUGGAAAGGGUACAUUGAAGAUGAAAGUCAUUUUUAUUUUCUGGAAGGGCAAAACGAUGCUCUGCUUUGUGGAAAUAGUUCUGAUGCUGGGCAGUGCCCAGAAGGAUAUACAUGUGUGAAAGCUGGUAGAAACCCCAAUUAUGGCUACACAAGCUUUGAUACCUUCAGCUGGGCUUUCUUGUCACUCUUCCGUUUGAUGACUCAAGACUUCUGGGAAAACCUUUAUCAAUUGACACUACGUGCUGCUGGGAAGACAUACAUGAUAUUUUUUGUCCUGGUGAUCUUCCUGGGCUCUUUCUACCUGAUCAACUUGAUCCUGGCUGUGGUUGCCAUGGCCUAUGAAGAACAGAAUCAAGCAACCAUGGAAGAAGCAGAGCAGAAAGAGGCAGAAUUUCAACAGAUGCUGGAACAACUAAAGAAGCAGCAAGAAGCAGCUCAGGCAGCAGCAGUGGCAGCAGCAGCAGUAACAGCAUCUGCAGAGUCCAGGGAGCCCAGUGCUGUGGGAGAAGCAGGAGGGCUCUCAGAAAGUUCCUCAGAGGCAUCAAAAUUGAGCUCAAAGAGCGCAAAAGAGAGAAGAAAUAGAAGGAAAAAAAGGAAACAGAAAGAACAGUCUGGAGGAGAGGAAAAAGAUGAAGAUGAAUUUCACAAAUCCGAAUCAGAAGAAAGCAUCAGAAGGAAAGGUUUCCGAUUAUCUAUUGAAGGCAAUAGACUGACAUAUGAAAAGAAGUAUUCCUCUCCACAUCAGUCUUUGCUGAGCAUUCGUGGCUCCCUGUUUUCCCCAAGGCGCAACAGCAGAACAAGUCUUUUCAGCUUCAGAGGUCGAGCAAAGGAUAUAGGAUCAGAAAAUGACUUCGCUGAUGAUGAGCACAGCACUUUUGAAGACAACGACAGCAGAAGAGAUUCCCUCUUUGUGCCGCGCAGACAUGGUGAACGGCGCAACAGUAACAUUAGUCAGGCCAGUAGGUCAUCCAGGAUGCUGACAGUGUUUCCAGUGAAUGGGAAGAUGCACAGCACUGUGGAUUGCAAUGGGGUGGUUUCCCUGGUUGGUGGACCAUCUGUUCCUACAUCGCCUGUUGGACAGCUUCUGCCAGAGGGCACCACUACAGAAACAGGAAUGAGGAAGAGAGUAUCAAGCUCUUUCCAUGUGUCUAUGGACUUACUAGAAGAUCCAGCUUUAAGGGAAAAACUUGAAGAAUCAAGACAGAAAUGCCCACCAUGUUGGUAUAAAUUUGCAAAUAUUUUCUUGAUCUGGGAUUGCAGUCCACAUUGGUUAAAAGUAAAACACAUUGUCAACUUAGUGGUAAUGGACCCAUUUGUUGACCUGGCUAUUACAAUUUGCAUUGUUUUAAAUACACUCUUCAUGGCUAUGGAACAUUAUCCAAUGACUGAUGAAUUCAAUGCUGUACUUGCAGUUGGAAAUCUGGUCUUCACUGGAAUAUUCACAGCAGAAAUGUUUCUCAAGAUAAUUGCAAUGGAUCCAUACUAUUAUUUCCAGGAAGGCUGGAAUAUUUUUGAUGGUUUUAUUGUAACCCUUAGCUUGGUUGAGCUUGGUCUUGCAGAUGUGGAAGGACUCUCAGUUCUUCGAUCCUUCCGAUUGUUACGAGUUUUCAAAUUGGCAAAAUCUUGGCCAACACUAAAUAUGCUGAUAAAAAUUAUUGGUAACUCAGUGGGAGCUCUGGGGAAUCUGACCCUGGUUCUGGCCAUCAUUGUGUUCAUUUUCGCUGUGGUAGGGAUGCAGCUGUUUGGGAAAAACUACAAGGAAUGUGUGUGCAAAAUCGCCAGUGACUGUGUACUUCCACGCUGGCACAUGCAAGAUUUUUUCCACUCUUUUUUGAUUGUAUUCCGAGUGCUGUGUGGAGAAUGGAUAGAAACGAUGUGGGACUGCAUGGAAGUUGCUGGUCAAGCCAUGUGCCUUACUGUCUUCAUGAUGGUCAUGGUGAUUGGAAACCUGGUGGUAUUGAACCUAUUUUUGGCCUUGCUCUUGAGCUCAUUUAGUGCAGACAACCUUGCUGUGACAGACGACGACAACGAAAUGAAUAAUCUCCAAAUUGCUGUAGCAAGAAUGCAGAAGGGCAUAGAUUAUGUGAAAAGAAAAGCACGUGAAUUCAUCCAAAAAGCUUUUGUUAAAAAACAAAAGGCUUUAGACGAAAUCAAACCACUUGAAGAUCUGAACAACAAAAAUAGCUGUAUUUCUAACCAUACCACCGUGGAACUGAGCAAGGACCAUGACUAUACUAAAGAUCCAAAUGGAACUACUAGUGGCAUAGGCACAGGCAGCAGUGUGGAAAAAUACAUAAUUGAUGAAAGUGAUUACAUGUCAUUCAUAAACAACCCAAGUCUCACUGUGACAGUGCCCAUUGCUGUGGGUGAAUCUGACUUUGAAAAUCUAAACACAGAGGAAUUUAGUAGUGAAUCAGACCUGGAAGAAAGCAAAGAGAAGUUAAAUUCGUCUAGUUCAUCUGAAGGUAGCACAGUUGAUAUUGGACUUCCUGCAGAAGAGCAACCAGAAGCUGAACCUGAAGAAGCCCAGGAGCCAGAGGCCUGCUUCACAGAAGGCUGUGUACGAAGGUUCAAGUGCUGCCAAGUAAGUAUAGAAGAAGGAAGAGGAAAGCAGUGGUGGAACCUUAGAAAAACCUGCUUCAGAAUUGUUGAACACAACUGGUUUGAGACAUUCAUUGUCUUUAUGAUUCUCCUCAGUAGUGGAGCUCUGGCUUUUGAAGACAUAUAUAUUGAACAGCGUAAAACUAUCAAGACCAUGCUGGAAUAUGCUGACAAGGUCUUCACUUACAUCUUCAUUCUGGAAAUGCUGCUGAAGUGGGUGGCCUAUGGCUAUCAAACAUACUUCACUAAUGCCUGGUGCUGGCUGGACUUCCUGAUUGUUGAUGUGGUUGUGAAUGCCCUUUUAGGAGCAAUUCCAUCCAUCAUGAACGUGCUUCUCGUUUGUCUUAUAUUCUGGCUAAUUUUCAGCAUCAUGGGAGUAAAUCUGUUUGCUGGGAAGUUCUACUACUGUGUUAACACCACAACUGAUGAAAGGUUUGAAGUCGACCAAAUCAACAAUUUUAGUCAGUGCGAGGAACUCAUAAAAAACAAUCAAAGUGCACGAUGGAAAAACGUGAAAGUAAACUUUGAUAAUGUAGGAUUUGGUUAUCUUUCUUUACUUCAAGUAGCUACAUUUAAAGGCUGGAUGGAUAUUAUGUAUGCAGCUGUUGACUCAAGAGAUAUAUUACAGCAACCCAAGUAUGAAGACAACCUGUACAUGUAUUUGUAUUUUGUCAUUUUUAUUAUUUUUGGGUCUUUUUUCACCCUGAAUCUGUUCAUUGGUGUCAUUAUUGAUAACUUCAAUCAGCAAAAAAAGAAGUUUGGAGGUCAAGACAUAUUUAUGACAGAGGAGCAGAAGAAAUACUACAAUGCAAUGAAAAAGCUGGGAUCCAAAAAACCACAAAAGCCUAUACCAAGACCAGGGAACAAAUUCCAAGGCAUGGUCUUUGAUUUUGUGACACAGCAAGUCUUUGACAUCAGCAUCAUGAUUCUUAUUUGUCUUAACAUGGUUACCAUGAUGGUAGAAACUGAUGACCAGAGUAAAGAAAUGGAAAAUAUUUUAUACUGGAUAAACCUAGUGUUCAUUGUCCUUUUCACUGGAGAAUGUGUCCUGAAACUAAUUUCACUUCGCCAUUACUACUUCACUAUUGGCUGGAACAUUUUUGAUUUUGUAGUUGUCAUUCUCUCAAUAGUAGGUAUGUUCUUAGCAGAGAUGAUUGAGAAAUAUUUUGUAUCCCCCACACUCUUCAGAGUCAUCCGACUUGCCAGAAUCGGUCGAAUCCUGCGUCUCAUUAAGGGCGCUAAGGGGAUCCGCACUCUGCUUUUUGCUCUCAUGAUGUCUCUUCCUGCUUUGUUCAACAUUGGUCUGCUGCUCUUCCUGGUCAUGUUUAUCUAUGCGAUAUUUGGCAUGUCCAACUUUGCCUAUGUUAAGAGGGAAGCUGGCAUAGAUGACAUGUUCAACUUUGAAACAUUUGGCAACAGCAUGAUCUGCCUUUUUCAAAUUACCACAUCUGCUGGCUGGGAUGGUUUGCUGGCCCCAAUUCUUAACAGUGGGGAGCCAGACUGUGACCCUAACAAACCUCAUCCAGGGAGUUCUGUGAAAGGUGACUGUGGGAACCCUUCUGUUGGGAUUUUCUUCUUUGUCAGCUACAUUAUCAUAUCAUUUCUGGUAGUGGUGAACAUGUACAUUGCUGUCAUUUUGGAGAACUUUGGUGUUGCUACUGAAGAAAGUGCUGAACCUUUGAGUGAGGAUGACUUUGAGAUGUUCUAUGAAGUCUGGGAGAAGUUUGAUCCUGAUGCAACACAAUUCAUGGAAUUUGAGAAAUUGUCUGAUUUUGCAGCAGCACUUGAUCCUCCUCUUCACCUACCCAAACCAAACAAAGUCCAGCUUAUUGCAAUGGACCUGCCCAUGGUAAGCGGUGACAGAAUUCACUGCUUGGACAUCCUGUUUGCUUUCACAAAGCGUGUUUUGGGGGAAAGUGGGGAGAUGGAUGCCCUGAGAAUACAGAUGGAAGAUCGGUUUAUGGCAUCCAAUCCUUCAAAAGCUUCCUACGAACCAAUUACAACCACAUUAAAAAGAAAACAGGAGGAAGUAUCUGCUGUCAUUAUUCAGCGAGCUUACAGACGUCACCUUUUAAAACGAACAGUAAAACAAGCUUCAUUUAUCUAUAACAAAAACAAAACAGAAGGAGGGGCUGGUCGUGGUAUGAAAGAUGAAAUCCUUAUUGACAAAUUAAAUGAAAACUCAUUUACAGAGAAAACUGAUAUAACUGCAUCAACAGCAGUUUGUCCACCUUCUUAUGAUCGUGUAACAAGGGCAGUCAAAGAAAAGCAUUAACAGGAAGAUAAAGAUGUUCAGAAAUAAAAGCAAUUAGCAAUUAAAAUAAUCUAUGUGCAAAAUAGUUCUUAACCUGUAAGGAUUGUGUUUGUGUCAACAGGACUCCUGCUGGAGGUUUAUGCCAAACUGACAAUUUUUACAAAUAUACUGUACAUUAAAGGUCAGUGCCUAUUAAAAGACAGUGACCCCUCGUCAGUGACUGUGACCGUGAUCUGGGGAAACAACCUUGACAGGAGGUUACUGUUCUCACUACCAGCUGACACUGCGGAAGAGGAGAGAAAAAAUGGCUACUCAGACUGUAGGGACCAGUUAAAGGGGUGCAAACCAAUUAUUUGUGUGUUUAGCAUAAAACAAUACAGUAACUCUAUCCACUGUUUGCAUUUCAACUGCCACAUACGUCAUAUUUUUACAAAAUCUGUGUUGGUGGAUUCAUCUUCUUUUUAUUCAUAUGUUGUAUAUUAUAUGUGACUAUUUUUGUAAAUGGGGCUUCUGUUGGGGAAGGGGAUUAAGUACACCUUUACAGGUACAAGGGCCAGGUCUUCUAUUAUACAACUAAUAUACACACACAGAAAUUAUUUGCAUGAAGGCAUGCUGCACUUACAGAUCAUGCAUGAAAAUUACAUUAAGUCAUGAAGAACAAGAGAUUUUUUUAGCGCAGUGUUUCUGGGAAGGAAUAACAGAUUUUGAGGUGCUUAAUUAAUGU